GCAGUGGCCAAAGUGGCCGGCAAGACGCAGACAUCACCUGCACGCCGUGCUGGCACGGCCACGGUCCCCUGUGGCACCUCACUGGCGGCCAGACGAGGCCAAAGUGGUUGUGACCAGUACAAGAAAGGAAUCAUUUCUGGCUCCACGUGUAAAGACCUGUGCGAGGAGCGCAGCCUCCUCUUCCAGCACUGCCUCUCCUCCUCUCCCACCCAGCAGGUGUACCGUGGGCUCUGGAGGGAGCGGGAGGUGAUCAUCAAAUGCAGCAUCGAAGAAGCCUUGAAGGCAGACAGCCACCCGGACGCGGUGCCCAGGAGGGACGUGGUCCUCUUUGACAAGCCGACACGAGGGACAUCCAUGGACGAGUUCAAAGAAAUGCUCCUGAACUUCCUCAAGUCCAACCUGGGAGAUCAGCCUUCCCUUGCAGCCUUGGUGAGCCGGAUCAUCGCCAUGGCAGACGUGAACCGGGAUGGGAAAGUGUCUUUGGCAGAAGCCAAAUCCAUCUGGGCCCUCCUUCAGCUCAACGAGUUCCUUCUCAUGCUCUCCUUGCACGAGAAGGAGCACACUUCCAAACUGCUGGGGCACUGCGGGGACCUCUACGUCACCGAGAAGAUCCCCCACACCUCCCUCUAUGGAGUGGAUGUCCCCCCCUUCCUCCAGUCGCUGCUGCCUUCCGUCCUCCACCAGCUCCUCCACCAGUGGUUCGCGCCCGCCUGGCCGCGGCGAGCAAAGAUCGCCAUCGGCCUCCUGGAGUUCGUGGAGGAGAUAUUCCACGGGACCUACGGGAACUUCUACAUCUGCGAGACCAGCUUGAAGAACGUGGGCUACAACGACAAGUACGACUUCAAGAUGGUCAACCUGAGGAAGGUGGCGACGGAGAUGACACUCAGAGGUUUCCUCAAGGGCCGUCACUGUGAGCAGAACGCGGACUGCACCUACGGGCAGGACUGUACGGCCGCCUGCGACAAGCUCCUGAAGCAGUGCAAAAGCGACGUGGUGCAGCCCAACCUGGCAAAGGUCUGCGGGUUGCUGCAGGACUACCUGCUCUACGGAGCGCCGCCGGAGCUGAAGGAAGAGCUGCACAAACAGCUCCGAACUUGCACGACGCUGAGCGGCCUGGCCAGCCAGAUGGAAGUGCACCACUCCCUCGUGCUCAACAACCUCAAAACCUUGCUCUGGAAGAAGAUUUCCAACACCAAAUAUUCCUAACGGGGGAAGCACGGCCUGAAGUUUGGAAUCUGUGAGCCUGGAGUAAGCCCAAGGCUCGAAGGCCUGUUUCUCCAUCCUCUCCCAACAGGAAAAAUACACCCUGCACAGGGAGUUCGGCAUAGCUCCAGCCCCUUCUCCUUCAUGGAAAACCAAGCAUCACGACUUCCACC